AUGUCUAUAGAGGAUUCGAAUAUUUCGGAUGCUCCGAAUCCAAAUCCUUCGAGCGGGGAUUUUUUGACAGAAACUUCCGCUCCUGUCUGUAUCAACAUUCCUGCGUCCAACGAGGACAAAACAAGAAAUUCGGAGAAGGAUUCCGAGAGUUCCCUUGUGGGAGAUACUAAUCCAACCGAGAGACAAAAUACUGAUGAAGCAGAACAUCACGAUCCAGAAUGCAAUCCCACCGCCACGGAUGAUUCCGCAAAAGCUGACAUACCAGCACGUGGCCGCAGUUUAAAGAAAGAGAGUCCAACAAGCCAUCGUGACCGUGAAAUUUCGCCGCGUUCGCUCACGGGGAAUGCCAAAGUGAUUGCCCUGCACAAGCGACUCAUGGCACGUCGUCGUCAUCCCACUCCGUAUCCGACCAAGCAUCGCAACCACGAUGACUUUAAUGAAUAA